AUGAGGGCUCUUCUCCAACUCCCAGCCCUCCUGGCGUCCCUGAUCUUGCUCCAGGCUACGGUGUCUGCCACAAGAGCACAGACCACCAGAACUGCUGCCAUCUCCGACGCUGUGAGUCAGGCCAAGGUCCAAGUCAACAAGGCCUUCCUGGAUUCCCGAACCAGGCUGAAGACUGCCUUGAGCUCUGAGACUCCCACCACUCGACAGCUCUCAGAGUACCUCAAGCACGCCAAAGGCCAGACCCGCACGGCCAUCCGCAACGGGCAGGUGUGGGAGGAGUCCUUAAAGAGACUGAAGCAGAAGGCGUUCUUGACCAACGUCACAGUUCCCAGCCCGGACUUGACUUUGCUGUCUUGGGAGGUGGGCUGUGAGGUCCCUGCUCCUAUGGUUAAAUGCGACGUGAACAGCCCCUACCGCACCAUCACGGGACACUGUAAUAACAGGAUGAAGCCCGCGCUGGGCGCCGCCAACAGGGCGCUGGCGCGCUGGCUGCCGGCCGAGUACGAGGACGGGCUCUCCCUCCCCUUCGGGUGGACGCCGGGGAAGACGCGGAACGGCCGCCCUCUCCCGCUGGCCCGUGAGGUAUCCAACGAGAUUGUCCGCUAUAUGAAUGAGGAAGAUGUUCUGGACCAAAACAGGUCCCUGCUCUUCAUGCAAUGGGGUCAAAUUGUGGACCACGACCUGGACUUUGCCCCGGAAACUGAGCUGGGGAGUAACGAGUACACCAAAGCCCAGUGUGAUGAGCACUGUAUCCAGGGAGACAACUGUUUCCCCAUCAUGUUCCCACCCAAUGACCCCAAGAUGGAGACUCAAGGGAAGUGCAUGCCUUUCUUCCGAGCUGGGUUUGUCUGCCCCACUCCGCCCUAUCAGUCCUUGGCCCGAGAGCAGAUCAACGCUCUGACCUCCUUCCUGGACGCCAGCUUUGUGUACAGCUCUGAGCCAAGCCUGGCCAGCCGUCUCCGCAACUUCAGCAGCCCCCUGGGCCUCAUGGCUGUCAACCAGGAGGUCUCGGACCAUGGGCUGCCCUACCUGCCCUUUGUCAACAAGAAGCCAAGCCCCUGCGAAUUCAUCAACACCACUGCUGGUGUGCCCUGCUUCCUGGCAGGAGAUUCCCGAGCCUCAGAGCAGAUCCUGCUGGCCACUCUGCACACCCUCUUUCUCCGUGAGCACAACCGGCUGGCCAGAGAACUAAACAGACUCAACCCUCAGUGGGAUGGAGAGAAGCUCUACCAGGAAGCCCGGAAAAUCCUGGGAGCCUUUGUGCAGAUUAUCACCUUUAGGGACUACCUACCCAUUGUGCUAGGUGAUGAUAUGCAGAAGUGGAUCCCCCCAUACCAAGGAUACAAUGAAUCUGUGGAUCCCCGAAUUUCCAAUGUCUUUACCUUUGCCUUUCGUUUUGGCCAUUUGGAGAUCCCCUCCACUAUGUCCCGCUUGGAUGAGAAUUACCAGCCAUGGGGUCCAGAACCAGAGCUCCCCCUGCACACCCUCUUCUUCAACACCUGGAGGAUGGUCAAAGAUGGUGGAACUGAUCCUCUUGUGCGGGGCCUGCUAGCCAAGAAGGCCAAGCUGAUGAAAUCGAAUAAAAUGAUGACUGAAGAGCUGCGCAGCAAGCUUUUCCAGCCGACUCACAGGAUCCAUGGCUUUGACCUGGCUGCCAUCAACAUCCAGCGUUGCCGUGACCAUGGGCAGCCUGGGUACAACUCCUGGAGAGGCUUUUGUGACCUCCUGCAGCCGCAGACACUGGAGCAGCUGGAUUCUGUGCUGCAGAACAAGAUGCUGGCCAAGAAGUUACUGGAUCUAUAUGGGACCCCAGACAACAUUGACAUCUGGAUGGGGGCCAUUGCUGAGCCCCUGGUAGAAAGGGGCCGAGUGGGGCCUCUCCUGGCCUGCCUCCUAGGCAAACAGUUCCAGCAGAUCCGUGAUGGAGACAGGUUCUGGUGGGAAAGCCCUGGUGUCUUCACAGAAAAGCAGCAGGACUCUCUACGGAAAAUGUCCUUCUCACGCCUUGUCUGUGAUAACACCCACAUCACUAAGGUCCCACUGGACCCGUUCCAGGCCAACAACUACCCCCAAGGUUUUGUGGAUUGCUCAGCCAUUGAUAAGCUGGACCUCUCACCCUGGGCCUCAGUGGAAAUUAGGGACCUGGGCUCCACAGCCUCCCACACUACACAGUAA